AUGUCUGCUUAUCUAGUGGAUUCUAGAGCUACAUACGCGCAACAGAUCACAUUGGAAGCUGGGUCGGGUGGCACCAAGGAGAAAAAGAAAGAUUCAAGUAAAGAAGAUUCCGAUAAAGAUGACGAAGAAAAGGAAAAAUUCAAGAGCAGUUUGCAGAGUGCUAUUAUUGUCCAGCGUCCAAACGUUUCUUGGGACGAUGUCAUAGGAUUGAAAGCAGCGAAGGAAGCUCUUAAAGAGACUGUAAUCCUGCCUAUUAAAUUCCCCCAUCUGUUUACUGGAGGUCGAACGCCUUGGCGCGGUAUUCUUCUUUACGGACCCCCAGGGACCGGAAAGUCUUUUUUGGCUCAGGCCGUAGCCACGGAGGCGAACAACUCCACAUUCCUUUCCGUUUCCAGCUCCGAUUUGGUGAGCAAAUGGUUAGGGGAGUCGGAAAAAUUAGUCAAAACGCUGUUCAGCAUGGCUCGCGAGAAGAAACCAAGCAUCGUUUUUAUUGACGAAAUUGACUCAAUUUGCAGUUCGCGAAAUGACAAUGAAUCCGAGUCUGCUCGACGAAUUAAGACAGAAUUCUUGGUGCAAAUGCAGGGUGUCAACAAUGAUAACGCUGGCAUCUUAGUACUCGCCGCCACAAACAUUCCUUGGACGUUAGACUCGGCUAUUCGUCGUCGUUUCGAGAAGCGUAUCUACAUCCCACUCCCCGAGGCUUCAGAACGUUGCGAUAUUUUCCGUUCUCAUUUGAGUCAGACUACUCAUACGCUAACUCAAAAGGAUUUCAAGAGACUCGGCGAACUCACCGAUGGCUAUUCGGGAGCUGAUAUAGGAAUUGUGGUUCGUGAAGCCCUCAUGAUGCCGGUGCGAAAGGUCCAAUCGGCCACUCACUUCAAGCUGGUCUCCGGUGUUUCUCCUCUGGAUCCGUCACAGGUUGUGUCUGAUCUUCUCACUCCUUGUUCACCCGGUGAUCCUGGGGCCAUGGAAAUGUCCUGGUCGAAUGUACCAAGUGAUAAGUUAAAGGAGCCUCCUGUUUCAAUGGUAGGUAUCCUUUUUUCUGCUCGUUCAUGUUUCUUGGAUGACCUCCCAGUUGUAACAACGCAUGCCGGCCCGUAGUGCUAAAGAUCAUACGCCUGCCUUGUAAUCCGAGGGCGCGGUUUCGGACCUGUGUAGGAACCCUGCGACCCUCGCAAUAUCCUUAGCUCACGUGCGGAUGUUAAGGGUUGCGCGGCAGUGAAGCG